CUGUAGAAAACAGGCUUAUUUACAGAAUGAGUUAGAGGGAAAAAAUAUACGUAAAGGUAUUAACUUAACUUGGAACGCUGACAGAGAGACUCAGAGGACGACAAGCAGUUUAUUCGGUGUCAGUUCAUUAAACCAGGAAGCCAUUAAAGACCUGACACUCUCCUUCUUCAGCGCUACCUCUGUCUCUAAACAAGAUGAAGAUCUUUUUGUUGCUCCUUUUCACUCGUGUUGCAUCUCCAGUGAAACACUCCCUGAAGUUUUACCUCACAGCAUCAUCUGGAGUCUCAGGCUUUCCCGAGUUUGUGGCCGUCGCGACGGUUAAUGAAGCUGAGAUUGCUUACUACGACAGCAACAUCAAGAGAACAGAACCCAAACAGGACUGGAUGAAAACCAUAAUCGGUGCUGAGUCACAUCACUGGGAAAAGACGAGGCAGAACUGUGCCAAUUACCAGCAAAUGUUUAAAGCUGAAACCAACACUUUCAAACAGCGCUUCAACCAAACCGGAGGAGUCCAUGUUGUUCAGGAGAUGGCAGGUUGUGAAUGGGAUGAUGAGACUGGAGAGGUUAGUGGUUAUCAACAGUAUGGUUUUAACGGAGAGGAUUUCAUUUCGAUGGACCUGAAAACUCUGACGUGGAUCGCUCCAAAGCCACAGGCUGUCUUCACCAAACACAAGUGGGACGGAGAUAAAUCUAGAAACGAGUUCUGGAAAAACUUUGUCCUGUCUCUUUGCCCCGAGAAGCUCAAGAAGUAUUUGAAAACUGGGAAGAGCUCUUUGCAGAGAACAGAGCGUCCCUCAGUGUCUCUCCUCCAGAAGACUCCCUCCUCUCCACUCAGCUGCCACGCUACAGGUUUCUACCCUGACAGAGCCGUGUUGCUCUGGAGGAAAGAUGGAGAGGAGCUUCAUGAGGACGUGGAGCACGGAGAGAUCCUCCCCAACCAUGAUGGAACCUUCCAGAUGAGUGUUGACCUGAACAUUUCAUCAGUCACACCUGAAGACUGGGGGAGGUAUGAAUGUGUGUUUCAUCUCUCUGGUGCUGAGGACAUAAUCGUCACCAAGCUGGACGAAGCAGCGAUCAGGACCAACGAAGAGCGACCGACUGACAUGACCUCGCUCGUCACUGCUGCAGUGGUUGUGCUCGCUGUCGUCGUCUUUGCUUUUGGAGUCACAGUUUACAAAAAGAAGCAAACCAAAUGCCCUCCAUGUCCUCCUGACGACAUCUCUGCUGAUUCUCUCUCUGAGAAACUGAAUCCUGAAACCUGACGUGAAGCAAACACACCAUCCUGCAAAAAGGGAUUCGUCUCAUGUGGGACACAAUAAUAAAUGCUGUGAUGUGAAACCUUUGAUACCUCUAAUUAAAUACGAAGCUGUUUCUUAAUCGACAUCUUAAGCUAUUGUGUCACAUUAUAACUGACAAGAAUCAAUACAGUCAUUACAGUAAAUGAACGAGGUUUUCUCUUUACAAAAUUUGAGAUGUUUAAGUUCAAAUAUGUUUUUGUGAGUAAUCUCUGUGUUUUAUUUAUUUUGUUGGUGACACAAGUCACCACAUGUAUAUAUAUAUGUAUGUAUUGAUCUUGAUCUGAGGUGUGUGGAUGCAAACAUUUCUUUUUAUGCACAUUUUAUAAACAUCACUUCCACACAAUAAAUGCACCAUACAUUCUAUGA